AUGUAUCUGUCAGCCGAGGCUGUGGCUAUUGCCUUGCCCACGCUGCAAUUCGGAGCAGUUCGUGGCCAGCAGCUUAAGCCCAUGAUUCUCGCAGAUACCAACCGCGACGGCAUCGUGGAUGACAGCGACGCCACGGAUAGAGCAUUCUGGACCUCUUCUCGCGGCGCAAUCUUCCUACCAAACGUCGGCGACUCUCUUAACCGUUGUCCUAAUCAGGAUCUUCAGGGAAAUCCUCUCAGCAAUCACGAAUUAGCAUCUUGCCACGAUGCUUCGGGCCACCUACUCAUUGAGCUAAGCCUGGUUGCUCCCCUAAAGACGAUCCCAUUGGAAGUUUCAAACGACACUAUUGCCCAUAUCUACGCCACGCCUGACGCCGCAUUUGAAAGAGUUCAUCUCUUUUACAUGAACGAUUCCUUUGUGGAUCCCGAGUUUACCUUCAACGCAAGCCAUGUCCAAGCCGGCAUCACUCUCGGAAUCGAUGGGCGCGAGUUUUUGAAGGAUUUGACAAGAUGGGACGGCAAAGUGAGGGUGCAUUUCGAUGUUCACACUAACAGCACUAUCAUUUCCGACGCCGUUGAGCUCAGGGUGGCCCCAGUUCUUACACACCACCAUCUCCAACGUUACAGCGCCUUUGUCAGUACCGCAGCAAACGAGUCCGAUCCCAUACAGCUCGGUUUUAGCGGCCAACUUGAUGAAGUGCGGAAGGCAGCAGGGAUACAGGAGCCAUUAUAUCUGUUCAAUCAGAGUGACGAUAUUUGGGCACAGGAUUUUGUUGAACCGGCGUAUGCUAGCAUGCCUGGACCCAACGGCCAACCCAUCUCCCUCAGAAUUAUGCUGAGAUCAGCGCAGUCGGUCCGCGCUGCUGGACGACAGGUCUUUGAGCAGCUUCGCGGGAAAGGUGUUGGCGGUUUCCAACCUGAGGGCGGACGUGGCGGCUACGGCGACCGAGAGAUUAACGCAUACGGCAAUCUCGAAACAAUCCCACCCUACACAUCCAAGAGUGGAGUAAAAUAUCCCGCCUGCCGGAUCAUCCAUGGCAAGCAUUACGACAAGAUGCCAACGGAAGCGACUGUUGCCUUCUUGGAAGGCCAAGAGCUUCAAAACCCUCUUUUCCUUGAGUCCGGCUGGCUACUCAUCGGCCAUGUUGAUGAGUUCGUCCAGUUUCUACCUUCCAACGAAACGGGCCUUGGCUUCACGAUUGGUAUCACUGACACCACGUCCGCCCUCGACUUGCUCAGAAAUACCUCAGCGGCGGGGCAUGUUGGUGUGCGGGCGAUUUCUUUCAACGGAUCCGUUGAAAGCUCCUCUUCUAUCACGAUAGAAGAGCUGACCAUGACGAUCGAUGAGCAUCUUGCUAAUGAGAUAUUUCACGAGGUCAACGCUUAUGCGCAAAGGCAUAUUGAUGCUAAUUUGGGAAUCUUGCUCGCCGAGAUACCUAUCCUUCGAGACCAUGUGAUUCGCAUCCCCUCGCUUUUCAAGGCUCCCAAGGUGUCCUCGCUCUCCUCUUUUACUGAAACAGUGACGAACGGCGAGUAUUUGCUAGUGAGUUUCAGCCCGGCGGCUAUCAACGGCGUCGUGUUGGGCAACUACUACGUAAGUCCCAAGACUUGGGGCCCGGUGGUCGAGGGACAAGACAUCUUGGAGGUUGCCAUCCGGGAGGCAUACGCAAAGGCUGGCAUGGAAGUCAGGUUUGUGGACGAUUUCAUGUCACAUCACCACACGUUCGGUGAGGUUCAUUGUGGAAGCAACACAUUCAGGGAGACGGACGUAGCGUGGUGGGAGUAG